GCCAACGUCAGCCCUGCGCCCGCUCAGCCGCGAGUGGUCAUCAUUGCAGCACCUAGACGAGGCCGGCCGCACGGACGAACAUCUCGACCCGCCAGGAGGAUCAUAGCGCAUCUUCUCCCGAUGCGACCGUGCGCAAAGUGAACACCUGCACGAUCUCGGGCAGCAGCGAGUUGACGACAGCUCGGCAAGUCAUCACAGCAAGAUGAUGGGCAUCUUUGCCCGCAAGACUGCCAACGCCAAGUCACCCUCUGAGCUCGUCCGCACGCUGCGGGACAUCCUCAUCAGGCUAGCUCAGCUUGAUCCUCCGCCGCCCAAUUAUCAGCCUAGCGCGCGUUCGACGACCCUCGAGCAUGUCCCUGUCCUCAACACGUCUCCUGCCGCGACUGAACUCAGGCGGGAAGCAUCAAAGACGCUCACCGCCAUCCGUGCUGUUCUCUAUGGCGAAUCAGAUCAGGAGCCAUCCACCCAGGCACUCGCCGAGCUGGCCAAUGAAGCCUAUUCCAACGAUAUCUUUUAUCUCCUUCUACUCCACAUGGGCAGUCUCGAGUUUGAGGCUAGAAAAGAUGUAGCCCAGAUCUUCAGUCAUCUAUUGCGGCGGCAGAUUGGCGAGAGACUACCGACGGUAGAGACGCUCAGGACAAAGCCAGAGGUCAUCCGAGCAGCCAUGAACGGGUACCGACAACCGGAGAUUGCCCUCAAUACAGGCAUGAUACUUCGGGAGAUGAUCAGACAUGAGCCGCUGGCGAAGAUGUUGCUCUAUUCUGACCAAUUUUACGACUUUAUUGGCUACAUCGAGCGGACGACGUUUGGCAUUGCAUGCGAUGCCAUGCUCAACUUCAAGGAUACGCUCACAAAACACAAGGAGAUCGUGGCAGAGUAUCUCGACGCGCACUAUGACGAGUUCUUUGGGCAUUACCAGACCCUCAUCGAUUCCGACAAUUACGUCACCCAGAGGCAAUCGAUCAAGCUUCUCGGUGACCUGUUGCUGGAUAAGAAGAACUACAAGAUCAUGAUACGAUAUGUCUCUUCCGAGGACAAUCUCAAGACAAUGAUGAACCUCUUACGGCAUCGCUCAAAGAACAUCCAAUUCGAGGCCUUUCACGUCUUCAAGGUGUUUGCGGCAAAUCCGAGCAAACCACCAAAGAUCGCCAACAUCCUCAAGCGAAACAAGGACGGCCUCAUUGUGUUCCUGCGAAAUUUCCGCAACGAUACCCAGGACCCGCAGUUCAUUGACGAGAAGCAGUAUCUCUUGCAGAGCAUUCAAGCGCUCUAG